AACCACUCUCAGCUGCAAUGUCCACCGACACUGUCCAAUACCACUUUUACUUCUCGUCGGCAAGCGGUCGGGUCACCUUCCCGCGGCGUCCAUGAGCCUUUGGCCGCCCCACGACAGCGCCUCCGGCAUGGUUCCGUUUCUCUCAUCCGCUUCCACCGCCGCCGACAGCCGCGACGUCCGCUGGCUGCGGCCUGCCCAACCCCCCGUCCCUGUCCCGAGCUCUUCCUGCUCCACUUCCUCGUCGCAGACCACUAUGACCUCUUCCGCAGGGCCGCACUUGAUCCCCGAGAACCUGCAGCAGCGUCUCCACUCCCUCAUCGAGUACGCUGGCGAGACCUGGACCUACGCCAUCUUCUGGCAGUCCUCCGGCGGCGGUUCCCCUGUCCUCAGCUGGGGCGACGGGUACUACAAAGGCUGCGAGGAGGAUAAGCGGAAUGGCGCGUCGACCACGCCGGAGGAGAAGGAACACCGGAAGCACGUGCUCCGGGAGCUCAACGCACUCAUCUCCGGCAGCGUUGACGAAGGGGUGGACGAAGAGGUCACCGACACGGAGUGGUUCUUCCUCGUGUCGAUGACCCAGAACUUCGCCGCAGGCGCCAGCCUCCCCGGGCAGGUCCUCCUCGCCGGCUCGCCGGCGUGGAUCUCCGGGGAAUAUUCCAUGACGGUGGCACCGUGCGAGCGAGUGCGCCAAGCGCGGGCUUUCGGGCUGCGAACGAUUGCCUGCGUCCCCCUGGGAGGCGGCUGUGGCGUCGUCGAACUUGGAUCUACUCACGAGAUCUCUCAGAGCCCGGAGAUCCUGAGCAAGUUGAGGUAUCUCUUCACCCACAGCGGCGCCGUGCGUCCGGAAGCUGGAUCUUGGCCUCCGGCGCCACCCCAAGCGAUGGAGCUUGGGUUCGUCGCUGAACCCUCAAUGCCUUGGCCGCCGAUGGCACCAAAGCCCUCGUCCCGUAUAGAGAAACCCACCACCAGUGGCCUCACCGAAACCCUAGUCCCCAGUCACAUGACUCAAGAUCUCAAUUUCACCGCAAGCGAUUGCGAAGCCCUCUACAUCGACAAACACACCUCUUUCGAGGGGCCGAAGAACUCCUCGGCGUCGACAGCGACGCCGAUGCCCGAGGAGGGCAAUUGCGGGCUCUUCGGCGGAGAUUCUGACCAAUCGGACCUCGAAGCGUCGGUUCGCGAGGUGACGAGCGUCGCAGCGGCGACAGAUCCGGAGAAACCGCGCCCGAAGAAGCGAGGCCGGAAGCCGGCCAACGGCCGCGAGGUGCCGCUCGACCACGUGGAAGCGGAGCGGCAGCGGCGGGAGAAGCUGAACCAGCGCUUCUACGCCCUGCGUGCCGUCGUUCCCAACGUGUCCAAGAUGGACAAGGCUUCUCUGCUCGCCGACGCCAUCGCCUACAUCAACGAGCUGCGGAUCAAAGCGGAAACCCUCGAAUCGGAGAAGAAAACGCUCGAUUCGAAGCUCAAUAGAACCAACAGAGAGUCGACGACGACGGCAAAGGACGCGGCGGCCGAGGUGGAAGUGAAGGUGCUAGGGCGGGAGGCGAUGAUCGUAGUGGAGUGCGACCGGCGGCGCGAGGCGGCGGCGCGGGUGAUGGUGGCGCUGAGGGAGCUGGAUGUGGAGGUGAGCUACGCGAAUGUGACGGUGGUGAAAGACCUCAUGAUCCUGCAAGCGACGGUGGAGAUGACGCGGCGAUUCUACUCUCAGGAGCAGAUCAAGGACGCCCUUUACGUCGCCCUAUUUCAGCCCAUCUAAAAGUAAAUGGGCCUGGGCCUCGACUUCAUACUUAUCCUAUUGUAUAUUAUUAAUGCUUUCAAGACUCCACAAGUCCUAUAUGUAGAUUGGACCCUGUUAAUUAAAAAUCUCAUGUUAAUCCCUUA